ACUUACGAUCGUAACACUGCACCGCUAUAUGUGGUGCUUGUUGAAUUUGCCAUAAAUAUUAUGACUCCAUCGCACAUUACUCACGCACCACUGUUUCAUCUUCUCCGGGGCCAGUUUCGGGUGAAAGCGGAAGUUCAAACGCAUGCAAUGAAAUGUUCCGAAAAUAAGGAAGAUCCUCUUUCACACGCCCCGAUUGUUUACUGGUUAUAAGGAACCGGGCACCGUAGGUGCGGGGGGGAAGAGCUCGCAACGGAAAUGGGAACCACUCACACGCAAAUUGUUAAACAAUUGGUUCUAACGAAAUGUGGCGGAGGCGGUGGUAGCAUGAGGAUGAUGAUGAUGAUGGGACCAAAGGCAGCCAAACGAAUGAUCAUGGUUUGUGUUGAAGAGAGGGAAUGAUUACAUUUUUCACGAUAACAUAAACAAACAUUCAUCUCUUUCUGCCGGCGGGAAACGUUAUGUUGGACUGGGGGUUUCCCGAACAGUAAAAAUAGAAUAGGAUUUUUUUUGAAAAUUCUGCAUAAAUGGUAUGAGUAAAUGUAAACAUUUGAAUGUAUUGUUGUGCGGGGCAUUAAACAGGUUGAAGAGCUGGAAAAUGAUCAGUUUGAAAUAGUCGUUAGCAUGUGGGAUUGAAUAAAAAUUUUAAACUAUUAAAUAUUAUGGAAAACACUAAAAAUAUUCAAUGCACAAUAUUGCAAAAAUUUAAUGCCCAUGAUCAGAAUAAUUCAAAAGGACCAAAAGUUAACAGAUAAAAUAUUGAAAUAAGUAAAAAUUCUACAUUCCCAUGCUUCUAAAACAUAACAUAUAAAAAAAAAAAGAAACGCACAAUUAUAUUCAACAAUUAAAUAUUGAAUAAAGUAAAAGAUUAUUAUGCUAUUAAAUACGAAAAAAAGCAACAUGAAACAAUCUUACCAGAAAAAAGUUCCCUACAAAAAACUCUGCGAUAUCAAUGGAACGACUUGUUUUCCAAACACUUUCUUAUCAAUCAUCAUCGGCAAACAUUACAUGCAGCGGAUGGCUUGCAGUCGCAGAGGGAGACAUUGUCGCCUUUUACACACGCACACGCGCGAGACUGGGUCCGUGAAGUGAAACAUAAAAUAAAUUGUAAAAUUGAGAUUGUGGUAAAAAUGAUUGGAAGAGGAAGAAGAGGCAAGCAAAACAAUCGCACACAAACAUACAACAGAAACCAUAAGGCAUAAGGAACAUGCGGGCGUGUGUGUGUGUGGUCGUGUCGAUUGUUUAUUGACUGUAAAAAGUGUAAAGCGCCAACGGUUUUCCCUGUAACAUAAACACUCUGGCUGAUCGGGUCUAAUGUCGGUGAAAAGACCAGAGGGUGUGUGUGUGAGUGGGGGGGCAAUAUAAAGAGAGCAAGAGCAUCGGUAUUUAAUUAGACUUUCAUUGUGCAACUAUUAGGACUAUGAGGGACUGAGUGCAGGAGGAGCCCAUAAAAAAGGCCGCAGAAGCGAGCCGCGCGCUAAAUAUCUUGAGUUCCUGUGUUCACACUUUGGUGUAAUUAUGUCGUUGGUGAAGGACGACGAAGCAUAAAACUUCCAUCCCCGUGCGAAGGGAAGGUCGCUGGGGCGGAUCAAGCGGCUGCUUCACCGAAAUGAUUCAUCCGCGCGGCUUGGAUCGCGGUGAUGUGUAAGUGUGUCCGCGACUCCAAUAUCUUUAGUAGUGGUUAGUCUGCGAACCAACCAUUUCGGUUAGUGAUGUGCAAAGCGAAACGAUAAGAAUUCCGCGGGAAUUGAAAUAUACACACAGCUACAGCGCAGCUGGAUGAUCUGUUCCGUUGUUUCGACUCCAAAACCGCGUGCCCCAACCCCAAAACCGCGUCAUCCCGCGUUUGUGCAGGGUGUGAUGUGUGGUGCGCGCGUGCGAUAUUGUUGAAAAUAGCUACAAGCAGCGGACAUCAACAACAGCGCAGCAGUACGCGUUCGACCGUGGCCGCGAGCUGUUCUUCUGCCUGGACUUCCUGGUUUGGGGAGUUGUGUUGCGCGAAAAAAAGGGUGUGCAAGCGUGCGAACGUUGCUACGGUGUAGUAGCAUGCGGGCAGCAGCAAGUAGGCGGUGCAGUGAUGAUUGAUUAGUAAGUGUGAUUAAAAAAGCAAAACCGUGUGUGUGUGUGUGUUUUGAUGACUUAAAUGAUAGGGUCUGAGCGGUGCGAAAGUAAAGCGUGUUAAUAAAACAAGUGUCACGAAUACUUACGGUACAAAUUGGGUUCGGGCGCGCGCGUCAAGAGCCCCAAGUGAGCUGUGAUGAUGAUGUGCGGUGAAGUGACGCAACGUGUGCCUUCUUAUCGGGGCAUGAUAAGACCUCGUCCGGCACAGCGGCGGCACUGUUGGUGGUGGCAUUCGAUGGCAUUGCUUUGCCUGGGGACGCUGUUCCUCCGUAUCGGUGACGUCGCUGCAGCAAAAACUCCCUGUCCGUUGGUGGAGUCCAUCGAUAUUAGCAACGGCGUGGAGAAUGCGGACGGUUCCAUCGAGCUGGAUGGCGUUCGGUACGGGUCCAAUCAGUACUUUCGCGAUGCCAACUCAACCGUCCGCGGAUGUGUGUGCCUGCUGCGCCAGUGUCUGCACAUCUGCUGCCCAAUGGGGUCGCCCGAAGGGGAACCCUGUCCACCGGUGGCGCUGAACGUGAACUUCUCCAUGACACCGGACGGGACGGUGCACGAUGUGCGCAAUCUGCUGGACAGCCCGAACUACCAUCUGCUUUACUUCAAUCCGGAAUGUUCGGGCGCGCUGCUAACACUGUACGGGGACGAGUACAUCGUGCGAUCGGACGGAUUGCUGGCGUACGGUGCGUCGACGUACGACUAUCGGCACUACUGCUUGCAAGCUGACGAACCGACCGCACUCGCCGGCUACUGUGAAACGGUGGACGUACUCGCGAUGCAUCGCAUGUACUCGAUCGGCAUCAUCCUGUCGCUUCCCUUCCUGGUGGCAACGUUCGUCGUGUACGCCCUGCUGCCCGAGAUGCAAAACAUCCCCGGCAAGUCGCUGAUGUGCUACGUGGCGUGCCUGACCGUCGGCUACCUGCUGCUGGCGCUGAUGCGCUUCAGCGUGUACAGCUACCGGUCGGGCUGGUGCGUCGCGACCGGGUAUCUGGUGUACGCGGCCCUGCUCGCCAGCUUCUUCUGGCUGAACGUGAUGGCGUUCGAUAUUUUCUGGACGUUCGGGGGCAGCCGGGGCCGGUCGAGCGAGCGGCGCAAGUUCCUGUACUACAGCCUGUACGGGUGGGGUGCACCGCUGGCGAUCGUGGCGCUCGUAGCCCUGCUGGAUAACACCGAGUUCGUACACGAGUCGAUGCGGCCCCAGAUCGGUGCGGAGCAGUGCUUCGUCAGCACGGAGAUGCUGAUUGGGUUCCUGUACAUGUAUCUGCCCAUGUUGCUGCUCGUCAGUGCAAAUGUGGCGUUCUUUGCCGUGACGGCGUACCGCAUCUUUCGCAUGGAGCAGGCGACCGCUUCCGCCCUGUCUGGGGAAUCCCGGCGCCACACCAAGCACGAGAAGGAUCGCAACAGAUAUAGUUUGUAUUUGCGGCUGUUUAUCAUCAUGGGCGUGACCUGGACGGUGGAGUUCGUUACCUGGCUGGUGCGCGAACCGUCCUGGCUGAUCUAUCUGGUCGAUAUCUGCAACUGUCUGACGGGCAUCUUCAUAUUCGUGCUGUUCGUGUGGAAGCAGAAGGUGAAGCAGCUGCUGCUGAAACGAUUCGGUUUCUCCCAGGCCUCCGCCAGUCGGAACGAUCAGCACACCAACAGCACCAUCAGCACGACGCGUACGACCGACCUGAAGGCAAACGCGGAGACGCGCCUGACGGAUGUGACUCACGGGAAUUGAUGGAAUGUUUACGCAAUGGACGCGAGCACGACGCACCGACCGAGCGACCGACCGGCUGCAGCAGUUAAUGUAUUCGCGAAAACCGCGGGCUAAUGUACUGCCGUCUUCAAUUGGUGAUCGACCAUUGUUUCAUGUACGGAUGAUGAUUGACCAUUAGGCGUGUGAGCAUGGCCAUGACCACCAACCUUAACUGGCAAUCAGUGCAAGUGUAUUGCUGUUUGCAUUUUUUAUGGCACAUUUCGUCUGAUCUUUUGGGGAAGGUUGAAGUGAGUGUGUGUGGACUGUGCGAAAUGAUGCAUCUUCGAUCACAUGACCUCAUUGUAUUGUAGGGCUUUCCUUUCCUGUCGAUAUCGGACUUUCUACACAGAUCAACACAGUCAACUGUGACUACAUCGUUUUGAAAAAAAAAGUAUUAAAUUGAUGCAUCUUUCUUCUUCUUCUAUUUGGCUUAAUGUCCUACAAGGACUGACUGCUGGCCUAUAUUGGCUUUGGAGACUUAAUUCAGUAUAACAGUCCUUGGUACUUGGGGGACGAUCUUUUCUAGGAUCCAUUGGCCCCAUGACGAGCAUGUUAUUGAGUCGUACGAGUCGUACGUAAAAUAAUCCUAAAGUAUUCCAAAGUCACACGCAACACAAAUGGAAUAGCGAAUACUCAUGCAAAAAACGGUAAAUCGAUAGGAACAAUUCAAACUGCUGAAAUAUUUCACACCUGCCUUGAAAUAUUUCAAAUCGAGCCGGUCGAGCAACAGUUUCAUCGAUUUUCAUUUAAAAAUUAAACUCCAACCGUCAUUUUCAAUCACGUUUUGGCGGCUGAUUUUGAUAAGAA